UCUAUUUCUUCUUCAUUCUCAUUCCCCUCUCUCUCUCUCUCAAGGUCUCUUGGCUCUUUCGUAGAAGAACCAUUUUUUUUUAAUCCUAAAGAGAUAUUAUUGUUAGUUCUUUGUGUGUGUUUAUGAUGAAUCAGAGAGGAACGAUGGAGAAUGAUUUCAGGGUGAAUAUUGUUUCUCUGGAGAUGGAUCGAGGCUCCUCCUCGGCAGCGUCUUCUGAAUCUCAUCAGAGCGAGUCGACUCUCUCCAACUCGCUCGAGUCCGGUGUUACCGCUGAUUCCUCUCCUUGCGAUGCUGAUUCGAAACUGCACUCCACAAGAUGAUUUCAAAAUUUUCAACAACUCUUUGGACGCCGAGGAUGAAUGUGUUGAGUGGACGAAUGAGAAACACAACUCAUAUCUCGAUUAUUUGGAGAACUCUUUUGUUAGGCAGUUGUAUUCCUUCCUUGGAGGAGAGACUCAGAAGAGACUUUCUAGAACUCGUGAUGUGCAGUCUAAACCUCGCAAAUCUACUGAUCAGUUUACUGUCUUACAAAAUGGCUGCUGGCAAAAGGUUAACUUUGGAAAGAAACUAGCUCAUUUGGAGACGUCAUCUGAGUUUCGUCCUCAGAAAAAUACAUUAAGAAGCAAGCCUCAAAAUUCCAACGGAAACUACACCAUGGGAACUGCUGUCCAAUGUCCAAGGACAUGUCAUGAAGAAACCAAACACUCAGAGGCGUCAGGUCAAAAUUUCAGAGAAGAAGAAGAUGAAGAAGAGGAGAAGGAAGAGGUGAGCAGAAAACGCGAAAGAGAAGCAAAUAACGAUGAUAGUUCAUUGAAGGAGGAUCAGGUUGUGCCGGUAAGGAUGGUGAAGCCCAGAAUGUGAAAGCUUUAGGAAGUGUAGAUGAAUUACUAUGAAUAGAGAUAAAGAAUAGAAAGUGUGGGUGACGAAUGUGGAGAGGGUUUUGUUUGUUGUAUAGAGUGAGGCUAAAGAGAGCCUUAUAAAGGGAUCUAAUGGGAUGGAAAUAGCAUUGGUUUUUUUGUUUCUUAAAUUUUGUCUAUGUUAACUAGGAAAUAUUUCGUAGUAUUAGUAUGAUCGGCAAAUUUAUAUUCUUUUUUAUUUUUAUUUUUAUAUAUCAUAUAUAUACUUUACACUUUUAGAACA